UGGCCAAUCGAAAAUCAUAACAACGGUGCCGUGAUGAGACGCUUCGCGCUCAUUGGCUGCUCUGGCUGUGAUGUAACAGCCCACUCGUCGCUGAUUGGUUGCUGACCUACCUUUAGUGUUAACGCACCGUCCCUUCACUUCUUGUUCCGGAACAGGAGCGACAUACACACACACAAGAUUCAACCAUGGAUCUUGUUCUGAACGUCGCCGAUUAUUAUGUCCUCACGCCGUAUGUGUACCCUGCAUCGUGGCCUGAGGAUGGCGCCGUGCGGCAGAUCCUCAGUCUGCUGGUGCUGACGAACCUCGGGGCUGCCAUCCUGUACCUGGGCCUGGGCGCCAUCAGCUACUUCUUCAUCUUCGACCACAAACUGAUGAAGCACCCGCACUUUUUAGAGAAUCAGGUUCAGAGGGAGAUCAAAUACGCGAUGACCUCUCUGCCCUGGAUCAGCAUUCCCACCGUCGGCCUGUUUUUUGCUGAAGUUAGAGGAUACAGCAAACUGUACGACAGCAUCAGCGAAUGUCCGCUGGGUUGGGUGGGAAUUUUUGUGAGUAUGACCUCCUUCCUGUUAUUUACCGACAUGUGCAUCUACUGGAUCCAUCGCUUCCUUCAUCACAAGCGUAUUUAUAAGCUGUUCCACAAGCCGCACCACAUAUGGAAGAUCCCCACCCCCUUCGCGAGCCACGCCUUUCACCCAGUGGACGGCUUCAUGCAGGGACUCCCGUACCACAUCUACCCGUUCCUGUUCCCGCUCCACAAGGUCCUCUACCUGGCCCUGUACGUUUUCGUCAACAUCUGGACCAUCUCCAUCCACGACGGCGACUACCGCGUUCCUGGCCUUCUGACGAACGUCAUCAAUGGCUCGGCUCACCACACUGACCACCAUCUCUUCUUCGACUACAAUUACGGCCAGUACUUCACACUGUGGGACAAACUGGGAGGCUCAUACAGGCACCCGUCAGGUCUCAUGGGGAACGGCCCCCACGAUCUGAUCAGGAAGCUUCAAGCUGAGGGAAAGUUAGGAGACGACGGAGCGAAAACUAACGGACAUGCCAAGAGAGGAGUCACUCUGAAAGAGGAGUAACAGUAGGGAAUUACAGAUAAUUGAAAAUGAUCACUAUUUUUGUAAAGACAAUGUGCUAAGCCCAUACUCGGUUGGUAAACAUAAUAAUUUGGGUGAGGUUACUUGCCAAAUUAGCUGUUGUGAGAUAUUUAAAUCUUGUGGAUAAACUGCAUCCUGCAAGAGAAGCAUCGGGGCACCGCAGUCUCUGACAGUCCAGUGAUGACAAUAACAGGCGAGGACAGAUUCAGUUGAGGAGAAUCAAAAAGCUGCUUGGAGCUGCUACAUCACUGCUGAGUGACGGACACUAACAAAGAAAUGGUUUGACAUCAUGAUUUAAUGUUCGACUUUGACAAAACCUUUGAUUUAACAAGACCGGGGAUGCUUUUAUUGCAAUUUGGGGGGCAAAACACUGGUUCAGUUUGUCGUCUCCUGUACAAAUCAAAAGUUAAAGGGGUUCUCACAAGUGUUUUGUUUUGUUUUGUAUGCUGAUUUGCCGACUUUGUUGCAGCACCACUAAACAAGUCAUAACUCCUGACUGAUGAUGAGAAAUUCUACAAACUAACAACUGUUUUCUAGGAAAAUGCUGAUGUUUUCACAUCUGGGAUUGUACACGAUAAUGAACACUUAAACAAUAGCCAACACGGAAUUCAAAGCGGAAACCGUCAGAGUUUCACACAGUCAUGAGUCGACAGUUAACACAGAAAAAAAUUAGCUACUGUAGUUAAAUCCAAAAAAUUACAUUACAUGCACUAUGUAAGUGUAGUGGACAGUCUCCUCUUUUUAAGGAUAAUAAAGACAAGACAAAGACCAA